CGCGACUCAUUAGAAAACUCGCAAUGGAGGCGUUGAAACUUGUACUUCUGCUGGCGGCACUCUUGGUCCCAGGAAAACCCGUGGACGCCGUCUGCAAUCAGUGUGUGGAUGCGCACGCCUGCACUGCCGAAGGCCAGUUCCAGAUAUGCUACGAUGGUGUCAGGGACCAGAAUAUCACGUACACCUGCCCGGAGGACAAGCCCAUUUGCACGGAGUACAGCACCAUUUGCAUGCCGGACAGUACGGGAGUUCCUCGGGCAUGUGGUGACGUUUCCCAGUGUGGCAUUUGCACUGGAUCAAGCAUCUUUGCCUGCACUUCGCUGACCACCUUUGCUGUCUGCAGCGACGGUGCGCCUGUCGGGGAUAACUUAAACUGCUCUGAUGAUUACGUAUGCAGUGUAGAAGACGCAAGUUUAGGAGAUCCCUGCAUUACCCGUUGCCAAGUGGGUGAUUCGGUUAUAUGCGAUCGGGUUCUGGAAACGGAUGAUAACGAUGUCACCACUGCCAGUACUGAGAGCUCCACAGAGAGUUCUUCAACCGUUACUUCCUCAGAUACUUCACCUUCAACCAUUACUACUGAGACAUCGACGGGAACGUCCUCCACGGAUACUUCUACGGAUAGUACUUCGGAGAGUACCUCUGAAAGUACUUCGGACAGUACUUCUGAGAGUACUUCGGAGAGUACUUCGGAGAGUACUUCGGAGAGUACUUCGGAUAGUACUUCGGAGAGUACCUCUGAAAGUACUUCGGAGAGUACUUCGGAGAGUACUUCGGAGAGUACUUCGGAAAGUACUUCGGAAAGUACUUCGGAUAGCACUACGGAUAGCACUACGGAUAGUACUACUGCUAGUACAACAGCACCGACCUUCAAUGAGGCCGUAUACUGCCAAGACCUCAACUCUACGGGUCGUUAUCCCAUUCCCAAUGACACAGCCUGCACGAAUUAUAUCUACUGCGUAUUAAAAGCCACUGGCUAUGUGGGAUUACUGUACAACUGCACCGCAGAUCGGCCCUAUUUCAAUGCGGAUAACAACAAUUGUGGAACCGUAAAACCAGCCCUGGCAGGUUGCACUAAUUAAGCCUGUACUGUGUAUUUUAAAGCAUAUACUCCCUUGUAACAAAUAUUAUACAUACAUUAAAAGAAAUCGAAUUAAUA